AUGAACAAGAACAAGAGCGAUGAAGACAAGAACAAGCCGGCGAACUCACCACCUAUUCCGCCACCGCAAUCUCCUGAGUAUAGCGACACGGAAGAAGAAGUCCCCUCGCCUACUCCGGCGGCUCCGCAAGCUCCUCCUAGUCCUAUGUUACAUAUGGGCCAGAAGACCGCGGAGGCUUCUGUGGCAGCGAGGACUCCUGAGCCUACUACGGCCACUAAAGCUCCCAAGAAAGUCGAGCAAGUCGUCGCCAGUCCAAGCCACUAUGCCGGGCCAGUGGCAGCAGCAGGGGUCGCUGGUUCCGCGAGGACGCCACCCGAGACGCAGCAGAUUGCUCGUCGUAGCCAUGCCCAUGAGGACGAUUACGGCUACCCUAACCCUAGUGCUUCUCCCACUGUGGUGGCGGUGCCGGCUGCCAAUAACUUCCGUGGAGAUCGUGGGCAUGGUGAUGCUCAUCAUGCUCAUGCAUACGUUGGCAAGGAUGAUCGCAAGACUACAGGCAGAACACGGCGGUGA